AUGUAUUCAUUAAGAAAUAUCAGUUUAUCCUCGCAGUGGGCUAGAUUCUGUUCAUCAGCCCCAGCCGAAUUUGUGAACAGAAAUCCAAGAAACCUGGAGCGCAUUCGUAUAGCCCGUAAACCUGAUGGAUACCACUUAGAAAAGCCAGGCAGAAAAUAUUGGCAUAAACUUAUGUUGAUAAGGAGCAACAGGACAGUUACAGCACAAGUCGUCCAUUUUAUUAAUGGCCCUGUUAUUGAAGCAAAAACCUCAGAAUGGGCCUUAAGAAAACAAUUGUACAGUAUAACAGAUACAUGUGCUUAUUUUAACUUGGGAAGAGUGUUUGCCCAAAGAUGUUUGGAAUGUGGUAUCACUGAAAUGUACUGUGAUAUAAAACCUGUCAAAGGUGGGAAAGUAGAAAAGUUUCUUAAUGAAGUUGUAAAUGGGGGUAUAAAGUUGGAGGAGCCAGAUGUUUAUAAGAAACCAAAUCCGUGGGAUCAAUUUAGACCUGAAAAACCAUGGGAAGUUACUGAGUGA